AUGGCACAAUCAAAUUUAAAAAUUAAAAAAGCUGGUGCAACCAAUAAAGUUUCUAAAGUUGGUUUAAAUAAAAAGAAAAAAGUUAAUAAAUCAGCCAUUUCAAUAGCCAAAGCUAAAGUAAAUAGAAAAUUAGAAUCAGCUAUCACUCAAAAGAUUGAAACUGAAAUGACUACCAGAUUAAAGAAAAACAAUGGCAAAUUAACAGUCUUAAAAGCUGAAGAAGAUAGCACAAAAAAUAAAAAAACUCAACAACCAAAAAAGAAAUAA